AUGUCACGACAAAAGGGCUCGUGUGAUGUCGCCAGUGCGACAUCUUUCAUUGUGGAAUGCGGUUGUGACACCACGAAUAAUAAAAAACCGUCAGUUACAAACAAAUUGUUCAGUUUUCUAGCAAAUACCAAUAAAAAAUUAAUUAUUUGUGGGCCAGUGCUAAAACUCAAUAAGAUGCAACUAACAGUGGAUCCAAGAAGAGCUGACCGUGAAAGAAAAUACAAACCUCCACCACCAACAUCAGCUCCAGCUGAAGACCUUACUACUGAUUAUAUGAAUAUACUUGGCAUGGUUUUCUCGAUGUGUGGUCUAAUGAUGCGCCUCAAGUGGUGUGCAUGGACAGCAGUAUUUUGCUCAAGCAUUAGUUUUGCCAAUUCAAGGGUAUCGGAUGAUACAAAACAGAUAGUAAGCUCAUUUAUGCUUUCAAUAUCUGCUGUAGUGAUGUCAUAUCUACAAAAUCCUGCUCCAAUGUCUCCACCAUGGGCAUCUUUAACCACA